CGCUGCUGGGGGCCGAUCGCCAGGGCCGUCACUUCCUCAGCUGCCUCCAGCGAGCGGUUUGGUUGCCGUGUCUGCGAGCAAUAUUUAAAGAGCAGCGCGAGCGUGGGAAACGAGUGUCGGGACUGUAGUGGAGCCGCCUCGCUGCAGCACGGGAGCUGAAGAUGCAGCUGAAGCCCUUACUUUAGAUGUUCGGGACGCUCUGGACAACUAGCGUCAGCUCGGGAAGGUGCAGCUAUGUACCUUUUUGGCAGUGAGGAUUAUGAAGUGGGUUCGGCGGACUCCUACACCAGCCGUCCAUCUGAUUCAGAUGUAUCUCUGGAAGAAGACAGGGAAGCAGUGCGGAGAGAGGCAGAGCGACAGGCCCAGGCACAGCUGGAAAAAGCAAAGACAAAACCUGUUGCAUUUGCAGUUCGGACAAAUGUUGGUUACAGUGCAGCUCAUGAUGAUGAUGUUCCAGUCCCAGGCAUGGCCAUCUCAUUUGAAGCUAAAGAUUUUCUUCAUGUUAAAGAAAAAUUUAAUAAUGACUGGUGGAUAGGACGGUUGGUAAAAGAAGGCUGUGAAAUAGGAUUCAUACCAAGCCCAGUCAAACUAGAAAACAUGAGGCUGCAGCAUGAACAAAAGGCAAAACAAGGAAAAUUCUACUCCAGUAAAUCAGGAGGAAACUCAUCAUCCAGUUUGGGUGACAUAGUUCCUAGUUCCAGAAAAUCGACGCCUCCAUCAUCUGCUAUAGACAUAGAUGCCACUGGCUUAGAUGCAGAAGAAAAUGAUAUUCCAGCAAACCAUCGCUCCCCCAAACCCAGUGCAAACAGUGUAACAUCACCCCACUCCAAAGAGAAAAGAAUGCCCUUCUUUAAGAAGACAGAGCACAUCCCUCCCUAUGAUGUAGUGCCUUCUAUGCGACCUGUAGUUUUAGUGGGGCCUUCUCUGAAGGGAUAUGAGGUAACAGAUAUGAUGCAAAAAGCAUUGUUUGACUUUUUAAAACACAGAUUUGAAGGGCGUAUAUCAAUUACACGAGUCACAGCAGACAUCUCGCUUGCCAAACGCUCAGUAUUAAACAACCCCAGUAAGCAUGCGAUAAUAGAGCGAUCUAACACAAGAUCAAGCUUAGCUGAAGUUCAAAGUGAAAUUGAGCGGAUUUUUGAGCUAGCAAGGACACUGCAGUUAGUAGUACUUGAUGCUGAUACCAUUAAUCACCCAGCUCAACUAAGCAAAACCUCUUUGGCUCCCAUUAUAGUAUAUGUAAAGAUUUCUUCUCCUAAGGUUUUACAGAGGUUAAUAAAAUCUCGAGGGAAAUCUCAGGCCAAACACCUUAAUGUUCAGAUGGUGGCAGCUGAUAAACUGGCACAGUGUCCUCCAGAAAUGUUCGAUGUAAUUCUCGAUGAGAACCAACUUGAAGAUGCUUGUGAGCACCUUGCUGACUAUCUGGAAGCCUACUGGAAGGCCACUCAUCCACCUAGCAGCAAUCCUCCUAACCAGCUUCUCACUCGCACACUUGCAACAGCCACUCUUCCUAUUAGCCCAGGUUCAAAUAUUAAUUUACAGGGAUCUCAAGGAGACCAGAGGAAUGACCAUUCAGUCCCUGAACGCACCGGUUCACAAAUUGAGGAGGAAGCACGGGUUGAACCCAUCAAGAAAUCCCAGCAUCGCUCUUCCUCAUCCCAGCACCAUAACCAUCGCAGUGGUGUUGGCCGAGGCCUUCCUCGGCAAGAAACUUUUGACUCAGAAACACAAGAUAGCAGAGAUUCGGCUUACAUCGAGCCAAAGGAGGACUACUCACAUGAGCAUGGUGACCACUACGAUUCUCACAGGGAUCACAAUCAUAGAGACGAGUCCCAUGGGAGCAGUGAUCACAGACAUAGAGAAUCAAGGCAUCGCUCAAAGGAAAGGGACCGCGAGCAGGACCACAAUGAAUGCAACAAACAACGUAGUCGUCAUAAAUCAAGGGACCAAUAUUGUGACAAAGAUGGGGAAGUGAUAUCUAAAAAACGUAACGACACCGGAGAAUGGAACAGGGAUGUUUACAUCCGUCAGUAACUUUUGCCUUUGGCAGUCUUGUGUUUCUUUGAAGUCUUGUAACAAAGCCCCUUGAAAAUAUCUUUGGGUUUUUCAUUGCAGAACAUAUGGUAUCCUUCUGUAUGCUGAUUUGUAUUGCUGUUGCUUGCAUAGCAAUAGCAUGAAAUAGAAUAUUCAUAUACUUAUUAUUUUCGUUAGUGCUAAAUGAAUUAGCAUAGUACAACUGCGGAGUUCCUGAUGUUGUACUAUGCCUUUUUUCAAGCUGUUUUUGGUAGCUGCCACUUGAACAAUAUCUGUUGCCAUCAAGGUGUUGUUAGUGUUUUUAAAAAAGGUACCUUUGAUGUUUAAUAACUUCCCGUGUAUUCAGCAAGCCAGAAUCAGCACAUAAAAAACUAAAACUUUUGUCUGCUCUGAUUUUUGAUUUGUAUGCACUUGAUUUGCAUAUUGAUUUAAGAGCCACUCUCUGUUGCUUGUAUCUCUAGUGGACUCCAUUUGAGGACAGAAUUCAGUCUUGCCUUACACACAGGGGAUCAUAAAGUCAGAAUCUAUUUUCUAUGUACUGGUACUGUGUACUGUAUAUACAGUUUAUAAAUGUUAUUUCUGCAGACACCUUCUUACUAUAUGAGUUUGAUCACACUGUUUUAGAGUCCUAAUGCCAAGUCAGCAGAUUUGCUUUUGAAUUACUGGCAACUGGAACUAGCCUCAUUUAGGGAAUCUGUAACAGUGUUCAAUCUAAAUACUUUUUCUUCUGUAGCAGAAAGCUUAUAUUUACUGUAAAUAUGAAUGAAUGCUUGAGAUAAAGGGUCUGAUUCUUAUACUUAAUACUGUCCUUGCAAACUCAAUUUUGCAUUUUAAUUUUAUGAUAAAGAAAAAUAACUUACCAAUAUAAAUUAUUCUUCUCUGUACAGGUCACACAAUUGCAAUGGACACAACUUUUAUUCUGUUUUCGGAAUAACAGAGCACACACAACAGAGGUGUGUAUGUGAGCAGGCGGUGGUGGAUGUGUGUGCGCACAUUAGGCAGCAAAGGGUGAGAAUCUACUGAAGAAAACAAAGGUUACUCAAAAGUCCAAGAAGUCUGUUUCUUCAUUCUAUCUAUUAAUUUAAAAAUCCAAAUUGCAGUCAGGGAACAUGGGGGAGUUUACUGACCCAGGUAAUUGAGAAAGCAUAAAUCUGCUGGCUCUUUAUUGAGACUCCAGGAGAGUAAAAACACAGGCAAAUGUUACUGUGAGUGUUUCACUGGAAAUGUAAAAUCUUUGUGUUUUAGAGUAUCUGUUUUAGUAAGAAAAGUUUACACAGCUUGUGGAGAGUUAUUUUGUUGGAAAAUAAAUUUUUGUAGCUUCUCCACUUUUUUCUACACUUGCCAAUUCCUCUGCAUUCCCACUUUGCAGCCAGCUCACUGCUUUUCCAUCACCUAAACUGUUGUGCUGCCAGUAAAUGCUUAGAAAAAAUGACUGUGACAAAAUACUGUCUGUUACGAGCUUACUAGAGAAAAUGUAUUUAAAUCAAAGAGAGUGAAAGCAUUUGUUUUGCAUUGAACACCUGUUGCACUGGUAAGUGGGGGAAAAUUCCUUAUUAUUUUUGGCUACAGGUUCCAUACCCUUGCCUAGUGUAAAGGCCGUUCUGCAUCACAUCUUAUCUUUGUAGUAAUUGGAUGAAUGAAAUACUUUUUGUAUUUCACUGUACAUAGCAUAUUAUAUAAAGAAUGUAGUCGGAUAAUACUUCAUUUAGCUGGAAGAUUUUAUUAUUUAUUAUUUCAAUUCUGGGAAUAUCAGCACUGCCUGAUUUUUGAAUAUCAUUUUAGUGAAAUGGACAUGAUAAAUGGGAUGUGCGUGUUUUCUCCAAUCUUCUAUUUCAGCAUCCAGGCAACUCAGUUUGAUUCCCUUAAAGAUACUUUGUUUGCCCAGUCCCUCUCCCUGUUUUACAUGCAUAAUUUUACCCUCACCUCAAAAUGGUGAAAUUCUGCUGUCAGAUACUUAGACAUGACUCCCUUGUCGCUUGUGGUAAUUCAAGGGUACUCUUUGACUCAGAGCAUGAACUCUGGGAAUACAAGAAAAAGCGUAUUUUUCUAGAAAUAAAAUUCUCAGCUUUUCUCUAAACAUCACAAUGACUUUGUAGAAAAAGGAAGCGUGGGUAAGUAGACCUGUGGAUUUACUAAAUGCAUAUACAAGACUGUAUAAACAGUGGCUUUUGAUAUAAGGAGAUUUUCAAUGUAUCAAUGGAAAUGACAUUGAAAGAGUUGUUGGUGUUUGAGUCGUUAUCAGAUCAAAUUUAAAUGCGAAUAGAAUUUAUAUUGUCUUGUUAUAUAUAUCCUGGCUUUAGCUAUUUUACCAACUUCGGUAAAUUCUGUUGCUCCCUUCAGCUGUUACGGGAGGGCUAUGUCCUCAAAGAAGUGAUUUGUGGAUUCUGCUUCAGUACCCUCUAUUUUUUAUUUUUUACUCUUGCUCCAAAAAGUGUUCAUUUUCCACCUUCCUUAAGAGUAUUUCUUAAGGAAUGUUUGGCAGAGUUUCAAAGCACUGAGUAGUUACAUGUGAAAACCAUGGAGUAAGUAACCCUAUAGAGACAAAUAAACGAUAAAGAGCAUAAUCCAAACCCUGAUAUUUAAGUAUAACCUCUAUAUUGGUUUAUGGAAUAUAAAUAUUUUAUCAAAAAGAAGGGCAUAUCCCCAUCCAACUCAAUGAGAUAAACAUUUUUUGUACAGUGCAACUAACUAGGUAUAGGCAACAUACUAAUACUUACAUUUCUUAGGCUGACACUCUCAGUAGGUAUUUAUUUGCCUUGCUAAGAUAUUUUUCUUCAGUUAUUGAGUGACAAAUCAGUUGUAAUGUGAGCUUGUACUACACACUUUGCACAACACCACCUGCCUGCUGAGCACUACUUUGAAAAGCACUUUAAGUUUUCAAUGAGAAGCUUUAAAAAUACUCCAACUGGAGGACAUAUCAAAGGCUAUUGUGAUGGAAUGUCUUUGCAAAGUUUUGCCCGUAAUAUUAUUGUUUGCAUAGGAUAGCAGUGGGUUCAUAUUUCUAUAUCUGGUUUUAAGAGCUUUGGAUUUGAGAAAUGCCAGAGGUCUGGUCCCAGUUAGCUCCAGAGUCCUCUAAUGUAUGUGUGGUACAAAACAACUUGUAACAUUUCUAUUUAAGCAAGCUAACAAGAUAAAACAAAUGAGAAAGGAGGAAAAGGAAGACGAUAAAACAGUUAAGUGAUACAUAGGUCUUACCAGCUCUCACUGUAUUUUUCCUAAGGAUUUCAGCAUAUGAAAGGAAUAGGAUACAAUUUAAUAUUUACGUGUAUGUCAUACUUAACUUUUUUGUUUUGUAUGUCUUUUCAAAUGAAUACACAUCAGUACUGUUCAACAGCCCAACACUAACAGUUAACUGUUAGGUAAACACCACAGAAGAAAGAAUUCUUGAGGAAGAUUUGGAAGGGGAGGAGAAUAACAGUUUCCAGAUCUGUUAAUGGACAAGGUAGCAUAAAAGAAUAAACAAACAGGUUUGUGCACAAAAUUAGCAUCAGUAAGACUUGACAGUUAAAAGAAACUGCUUUGAUAUCAAGUAAUGAAUUUUUAAUUUUUUGAAAUAUUUUUUGAAUUUGUAGUAAUUAGAAGAAUCUUUCUUCUGGAAUACUCACUCAUGAAUUCACAUUCUGUGUCUACCAUCCGGAGUUCAGAAUUUGAGAAGCAUCUUUUACAAUUUAUGCCUCUCAAGAUGUAAAAUAUCAAUAGGUAGUUUCUCCUAUGGAUUUAGCUGUAAUUAAUAAAGAUGAUUUUAAAGCUACAGUCAGUUUGAGUUGAGAAUGGAGCAUCUGUUUUCACAGAAACCCAUAAAAUGAUGUGUGUGAAAUUCUUCACUUACAGUCCUUACUCUCCAUUUAUAAUAAGGAAAUGAAAUCCCACUUGUCAAACCUUGAAUCAAAGUACAGAGCUCAUUUUCCUUCUCCUUGUUUACCCUGUCCUCUCAAUACUUACUGUGUUUUAAGACUUUGUUAGUAAUUACUAUUUUCAAGCUUCACUGGUUUGUAAAGUCCAAAACAAUUUUUAUAACAGCUGCAGAAGUUUUGAAAUGGUCGUGGCCGUAGUUGUCCUUUAGUUGCCCCUACCCAUUAUCAGUCCCUGAGCGGGAAUGCAAGGGGUGGUCUGAUUGCUUUCAAUCAGUGUCAGUGCAAAAUAAAAUGUGAGCCUAAGCCAUCUUCUGUGGUAGCUACGAAAGGCUCCUCAAGAAUCAUUUUGGUUUCUGGUUACAUUUGACUUCUGAUUCAUUUAACAUAUCAAGCAGAAAGUUAUUUCCUGAAUGCUCAAUUCUACUAAUCCUCUGGGGUUGUUCUGUUUUGUUUUACAAUUUUGAUUUUAAUUCCAUUCCCUCCAUGAAAAUAAAGCAUAUUGCAAAAAAUUUUACCAUAUAGUCUACAGGAGGGGCAGAGAAAUUCUUUUUCAGAGUAAAGUGGUAUACAUUUUUAGUAUACAUUUUGUCUUAUUUAUUACUUUACUACAGAUCUUUCAACAAAAUUUUAGUUUUAUUGUCUGUAAAAUAUGUGGAUGCUAUUGCCUUGUGAAUAUUUUCUGUCAAAUGUUGUUCCAUCAGACUUGUUCAGCAAAUUCCACUUGUGUCUAUAAUUCACUUCCCCAUUUUUAUAUAAGAAAUCGUUACAUAUAAGCUUACAGUAGUUUUAUAGUUUCUUUUUAUAGCACAACACCCUAGAGAUGUGUUCCUGCAGUCAAAAAAAAAAAAAGUUUUUCAUCAGACAUAGAGAUAAAUCUGCUUCUUCUAACUCAUCUGUGUUCUUCUUUCUUACUUUACUCUUACCACUUUUAUCUAUCAUGCAUAACCUACUCUACAACAAAUUCUAGAAGCAUAUAACUGGAUUUUCUCAUAAAUUAUUUGGCAUAUUCUAGAAUAUUUUUUAAACUAUGUAUGUGGUACUUUCAGCUAAAAUGAACAAGGUUGAAUAUUUAGCCACAAUGAAACAGAAAAAGACAGUUCUUUAAAAUACAGGGUGUAUACAUAUAAGUACCUAAAAGCAUUUCUUGUUCAUUACCUUCACUAGCCUGAUUUCCUAUCAAUAAAUACUCCUUUUUUUCUUUAAGAGCUUACAUAAUCCUACAGUCUAAAAAUUUUGGUGGAUUCCAUGACCCUUAAACAGAAAGAAACUGUUAUUAUUAAAAUUUCAUGCUAUAUGAGGCUGCCUAUUUUAAUAUCUUUAUAGUGACCAAGAUAAAUAUUUAAACCUGCACUAUUAAUAUAAAUCACUAUUUCUGCAAAUAGAGAAAACUACUUUUCACAGAAAAAGUGAAUUUUCCAGAUUCGCUUUUUUUUUAAAGAUGGGCUCUGAUUGUAUACCCCUCUCUCUCGGGUUAGUCUUUCAUUAAAAUGACUACCUUUUUUAAUUCAAUGUUUAUAUAUCUUGUAUGGUAUAUGUAUUUCAAUUGUGUUUCAGCCACACUGAAACAUUAUGAUGCAAUCGGUAAAGCAUUCUUAUCAUCAGGAAAGGAACCCAACUAUGUAUUAAAAACACAUACAGGCUCCAUACAUCAAAGUGAUGAAAAUGAAUAAAAACCAUUAAAAUACCUGCACUUUAAGUUAAUGUCACAGUAAGAUUGGAAAAGGGGAAAAAAAAAAAAGAAAAAAGUAGUAGGCCAUCCUCCAACUUAGCCAACCAGUCUCCUUCUGUAGUCAAAGGAGGGAGGCCACUCUUUCCAAGGGUGAUUCACUUCUUAAUUUCUGCUCUGAAGUGCUUGAUGGAGAAGUCUCUUUUCUUUCUCUUUUUUUUCUCUCGCUCUCUCUCUCUCCCACCCCCACCUUCCCUCCCUUAAUCUCUCUCCAUUGCCCACAGAGAGAGGGUCUGGGGAAACAGCUGAAGUUUAUCCCUUUAAUAUGCUGAAUAUUCCUUUAGGUCCAGCAGUGACUUCUUUUGCAGAAAUAACUCUAGUUCAGUCAUCAGAAUGCUUUUUCAGAUUAAGUGUGGUCUGCAAUUACACAGGAUUCACAUACAAUUCAGUCAUAAAAAGAUUUUUUUCUCCUGAGAAACUUGUCUUAUAAAUCAAGUGAAAUCAACUUCUUGAAAAGCCUGUUUUUGAUUCAGAACUAAAUAAAUCUGGGAAAGCAUCAACAAAUCCUCCACUAAAAAGUCAGCAUUUUUAAAUUUUUCAAAUUCAGUAUUACAUAGCUGCUGCUACUGAACAUGAAGGCAAAAAUUCCUCACUUCAUAAGUGUAUACAAAUUUAAACAUAUUGACUAUAUGGGCUGAUUAACAUUUACCAAGUUUAUAUAUUCUGCAAAAAGAAAACGGUCUUUUACUAGCACUGAGUUACAGAUUUCAGUACAUACAUAAAAUUGAAUCUAUUUGUAUUGUACAUACAUUAUAAUAGAAAAUGAAUACAUUUUCUUACCAAGUAAUUAUUUUAGCCAUAUUUAGGCUAAAAAGACUAUAAAUAUGAACUACUAUGAUUCUAAAUAGGGUAUUUCACCUAUUACUACUGAUGCAAAAAAAAGAAUAAUUUUAAUUCUUCUCCUGGUAUGCCACAGUUAACUGCAAGGAGGGACCAACAAAAGUAGGUAAGAAGUAGACAAGGAUUCCAGGCUCCUGUCUUGCUAGGCUAGGCCUUUCAGCGGAUGAAGAUCAUACAUGUACUGUGGUUACCUUUGGUAAAACAGAAGAAGUGGCAUUUGUUUUAUUUAAGAAUGGCAGAAGAUAUUCUGUAUCAAAAUACUGAUAGCAAAUACAAGUAAACAGACUACAGAAUUGUAUAAAUUGUUUUGAUUACCAACAAAUGCAAUGACAAGCUAUAGUUUAGUAAAAGUGAAGUAUAAAAUUAAUAUCACUGUGUUAAAUGAAACGAAACAAUUCUAUGCCAAAAGUAAAAAGUUUUUCAGCUAAUACUUUUAAAAACUAGAAUUUGAUCCAGUGGCAAAAAAUUCAGUUUAGGUUUUUUAGCUGUACUUAUCUUUUUUCUCCCCAAUUUUAGUGCUAUUGACAGUUCCAGUGAAGAGAAUACUGUUGAAAAUGAGAGUAUUUCUGGAACUGAAACAGAAGUUUCAAAUAUAUCCAACAAAUUUAUGCAAUUUAAAUUAUUAAACAUCUGAGCAGUGUUUUAAGUCAGUUCUCAUUAAUAUGCUUCCCCAGUCUUAAUUUUCAUAUGACUUUUGCAGGUGAUAUUUUUUAACCAGUAAUAUUCUAACUUGUUUGAAAGGUAAAUCUGUAACAUUUCAAAUGGUAUUAUGCAUUGUUUUCUGUUUCUUGAUAUAUUAAUCACAGCUGUUGCCCCUUCUAUUGCAAAUGUUUGAUUUUAAAACUGUCAUUUGUCAGCCAGUCCAACAGUCUAUUUCAGAACCAAUACAGUUUAUGCAUGGGAAGUUUGAUGUUGAAACAAUAUUUAUUUACAUUCCCAGAGUGAGAUGGUUUAAUAUAUUCAUGCUGCUAUAAAAAACAUGCUACAAAGCCUACUCGUAUUUUGUGUAUAUAUUAUGUGUACAGAGAAUCUUGCUUGUAUUAAAAUAAAAGAGAAAUGAGGUUCUAA